CUCAAUUCCCGCAAGCACCCCUGACUCCAUCCUGCAUCCAGACAGCUUACCUAGAACCCCCCUUCCCUCUUUACACUCCAAACUCAAGCCGGGACAGACUGAAGCCGCUGCUGCCUCCCCCUCCCCUCACACACACGAGUUUUGGACAACAGCUGGAGGCCAACAAAGUCUGUAGAGGUGGUGCUCGGGUGAUGUGCUAACCAUGACCAGGUGUUUUCCAGUCGCUGGCCUGCGGUGCCUUUCUAGGGACGGCGGGAUGGCUGCGCAGGGCGCCCCGCGCUUCCUACUGACCUUUGACUUCGACGAGACCAUCGUGGAUGAAAACAGUGACGACUCCAUCGUGCGCGCCGCCCCGGGCCAGCAACUACCGGAGAGCCUCUGUGCCACCUACCGCAAGGGUUAUUACAAAGAGUACAGGCAACGGGUCUUCAAGUACCUGGGCGAGCAGGGCGUGCGGCCGAGGGACCUGCGCGCCGUCUAUGAGGCCAUCCCCCUGUCACCAGGCAUGAGCGACCUGCUGCAGUUCGUAGCCAAGCAGGGCUCAUGCUUCGAGGUGAUCCUCAUCUCGGAUGCCAACAUGUUCGGUGUGGAGAGCGCCCUGCGCGCCGCGGGCCACCACAGCCUGUUCUGUCGCAUCCUCAGCAACCCAUCCGGGCCCGACGUGCGAGGACUGCUGUCGCUGCGUCCCUUCCACACACACAGCUGCGUGCGCUGUCCCGCCAACAUGUGCAAGCACAAGGUGCUCAGUGACUACCUGCGCGAGGGCGCCUGCGACGGCGUGCAGUUCGAGAGCCUCUUCUACGUGGGCGACGGCGCCAACGACUUCUGCCCCAUGGGGUUGCUGGAGGCCGCGGACGUGGCCUUCCCGCGCCGUGGCUACCCCAUGCACCGCCUCAUCCAGGAGGUGCAGAAAGCCGAGCCCAGCUCCUUCCGUGCCCACGUGGUGCCCUGGGAGUCGGCAGUGGACGUGCGCCUCCAUCUGCAACAGGUGCUCAAGACGUGCUGAGAACAGCCGCUGC